AUGGCUAAUGAGUAUACACCAUUAAUCACCACUGUUACUGUCGGCCCGCCCCGACAAAGAUACCCUCAUCACAUCAUUCGCCGGUUCUGCACCAUCGCUCUAGGUUCAUCUCUCAUUGCCCUUUUCAUUACCUUUAUCAUCACAGUUGUUUUCGCACCUCAGCAUAACACUCAUCACGGAUGGCCUGGUCACCAUAGGAAUCGCGUCACCUACGAGGAGCUCCAAACCAUACUCUUAGAAACUCCAAGUUCAUCUAAGGCUACCGAGUGGAGCAAGUAUUACACAUCCGGCCCACAUCUAGCUGGCAAGAACUUAUCUCAGGCGGAAUGGACACGCGACCGAUGGAACGAAUGGGGAAUUAAGUCUGAUGUCGUAGCGUAUGAGACGUACAUAAAUUACCCGGUUGACCAUCGACUUGCUCUCCUAGAGAAGGCCAAGUCAGAUGCCGUCGAUCCUGAAGCUUGGAAAGUGGCCUUCGAAGCCACUUUAGAAGAAGACGUGCUCGAAGAAGACCCAACAUCGCAGCUGGAGGAGAGCAUCCCAACAUUCCACGGCUAUUCCGCGAGUGGGAAUGUUACUGGAUCAUAUGUUUACGUGAACUACGGUACAUACUGGGACUUCGAAGACCUCGUUAAAGCCAAUGUCAGUCUCGAGGGUAAAAUUGCCGUCGCUCGUUAUGGAGGCAUCUUCCGAGGAUUAAAAGUCAAGCGGGCUCAGGAGCUCGGUAUGAUAGGUGUUGUUAUGUUCACUGAUCCGGGUGACGACGGCGAGACCACCGAGGCAAACGGCUACGACACAUACCCGAACGGUCCUGCGCGGAAUCCUAGCAGUGUUCAACGUGGUAGCGUCCAAUUCCUCAGUGUCGCGCCGGGAGAUCCAACAACUCCCGGCUACCCUUCCAAACCAGGCGUGCCCCGAGCGCCGGUUGAUGGAGCUAUACCAAGCAUUCCGUCCCUGCCGAUAUCUUACUUGGAAGCCUUACCGAUUCUAAAAGCUCUGAACGGAAUUGGCCCUCGAGCUAAAGAUUUCGGUCAGUAUUGGACUAGGAACACCGGUCUUGAUUACAAAGGAGUCCAGUAUAAUAUUGGACCCUCGCCGGAUGAUCUUGUACUCAAUCUAUACAACGAACAGGAAUAUACUAUAACGCCCAUGUGGGAUGUAAUCGGCAUUAUUAACGGUACUAUUCCCGACGAGGUCAUUGUUGUGGGCAACCAUCGUGAUGCUUGGGUGGCUGGUGGCGCUGGUGAUCCCAACAGUGGGUCUGCCGUUUUGAAUGAAGCUAUUCGCAGUUUUGGUAAGGCUCUGGAAAAGGGUUGGAAGCCUCUGCGAACCAUAGUCUUUGCUAGUUGGGAUGGAGAAGAAUAUGGUUUAGUCGGUAGCACUGAGUGGGUAGAAGAGUAUCUUCCGUGGCUAACAGCCGCCAACGUCGCCUACAUCAACAUUGAUGUUGGUGUUCGUGGGCCAAUUUUCUCUGCCUCGGCCGCUCCUCUGCUGCACAAGCUAAUUUAUGAUGUGACCGCUUCGGUACAGUCGCCCAAUCAGACCAUCAAGGGCCAGACCGUACGCGAUCUUUGGGAUGGACGUAUAAGUACAAUGGGAAGCGGUAGCGACUUUACAGCCUUCCAGGACUUUGCCGGAAUCCCCAGCCUUGACAUCGGUUUCGGUGAGGAGAGAAGCGAUUCCCCGAUCUACCACUACCACAGCAAUUACGAUAGCUUCCAUUGGAUGUCCGAGUUUGGCGACCCUGGCUUUGUGUAUCACAGAACGAUGGCGCAGGUCCUAGGCCUCAUCACCGCAAAGAUAGCCGAUUUGCCGCUCCUCUCCCUCAACGCGACGGAUUAUGCCAUUGCGCUGGAAGAGUAUAUCAAGAAGGUUGAGACGAAGCUGACGACUUCCCAAGCGAACCCGUCUACUGAAGAGGAGAUAUUCGAGCUCAGAGCCCGUGCCGCCGGCACUGAAGUCAAAGGCGAUCCAGACGCCCUGAAAAACACACUAGGUCGCUUGUACCAAUCCGUAGAUGCGUUUAAGCAAUCUGCCAUUGAACUUGAUGCCAAGUCGGAAAGAUUGGCCAAAGAGGCGAACGGACAAGUUCCCUGGUGGAAAUGGCUUAGCAAGCUCAAGCUGCUCCAUGAGAUUCGCUCCACAAACACUAAGUACAAGAAGAUCGAGCGCGCCUUCCUAUACCAACUCGGCUUGGACAGUCGGCCCUGGUUCAAGCAUGUUGUUUUCGCACCUGGCCUUUGGACCGGUUAUGCUGGGGCUGUAUUCCCUGGGCUCGACGAGAGUAUCGAUAAGGAAGAUUACGUGAACGCCACGAAGUGGGUUUACAUUAUCGACGACUGCAUUAAGACUGCUACCAAAACGAUUGAAUAA